ACCAUAAGAAUGGCUGGGUGCGUCAUGCUGCGAAGUGGCGUGGAGUACAGAGGCAUUUGUCAGCUUGUUGUGGUGUUCAUUGUUAUCUGCAGUUCAAGGAAGUUUCUCUAAUGUUUAAUGAUAAUGUGCUUUUCAAAUUACAUUUAGCUGGAAAACUCAUACUUCAAGCCAUUGCACUGGUCUUCGAGAUUCAGAGCUGCAGUUAAUGUAUCCACUGUGAACAUGGAGACCUAUGUUGUCUUAAAGAUCGUUGGAGAAGGCUCCUUUGGGCAGGCUCUGCUUGUAAAGCCCAAGAAUCAAUGUGAGCAAUAUGUCCUGAAACAAGUUCGUCUCCCACGGACUGAGUCAGGAAAAGGACACUCCAGAAAGGAGGCCACACUUCUUGCAAAAAUGAAGCAUCCAAAUAUUGUUGCGUUUAGAGAAUCAUUUGAAGCUGAUGGCUAUCUGCACAUUGUUAUGGAGUUCUGUGCUGGGGGAGACUUGCUUCAGAGGAUCAAACAGCAAAGAGGGAAACUGUUCUCUGAAGAUGUGAUUAUAAGAUGGUUUGUCCAAAUGUGCUUGGGUACUAAGCAUAUACAUGACAAACGAGUACUACACAGAGAUCUCAAGUCCAAGAACAUUUUCCUCACAGACAAAGGUGUGAUAAAGCUUGGAGACUUUGGGUCUGCCUGCAUUUUGAAUAACUCAAAGGCCUACGCUUACACCUACGUAGGAACUCCUUAUUACGUUUCUCCAGAGAUCUGGGACAGCAAGCCUUACAAUAAUAAAAGUGAUGUGUGGUCCCUUGGCUGCGUCCUUUAUGAGCUCUGCACCCUGCAACACCCGUUUCAGGCCCGCAGCUGGAAGAGUCUGAUCCUGAAGGUGUGCAGGGGCUCCUACCCUCCCUUACCUUCUGCACUCUCUUAUGAUCUGCAUUAUCUCAUCAAACACAUGUUCAAAACUGAUCCCAGAGACCGGCCAUCCCUGAACACCAUCUUGACCAGACACCGAGUCUCCAGGCUGCUCCGGAAACACAUGCCCCCUCAGGUACAACUGGAAGAGCAAACUGGCAAAUGGAAAAAAGAGGAAGGGGAACUGGUGGCCAAGUUUCUGGGAGAGAAAAGCCUUGAAGGAGCUACUUCUACAGUGGGAGAAACAACAGCUGGACCUGAUGUAUCAGCUCCAGGGUCUUCAGCAGAGCCAUCUCGCAAGAAAUGGGAUGAAGGCCCCUGCAAUACGUUGUUAGAAGUCCUGGGGAAUGCAGAUCUUGUAACUUCGUCUACCAUGGAGCCCACAGACAUGUUAACGACGAACACAGGAGGUCUUGAGUAUCCCCGUUCCCGCCCUCGAAUGCAGUGGGUGAAGAAACCACCAGAGCGACUGCUCAGUCUGCUGGAGAAGGCUCAUCUCAGUGAGGCAUUCAAGACGUACACUGUGUGCAGGCCAGCCAAAUUUAACCCUCUGGUAGGGCCCCUGACACGGGGAGGUUGUGAUGACACAGAUGGGGACAUAGAAGAUAGUGUGGAUUCCUACCGACUGGAGCCACGCUCUGAUGAUGAGGACACGGAUUUUGAAGAGGAAACAUUCUCCGACUGGGUGACAGAACUAGAGAAGAUUUCCAAGUAAAACAAAUGUGACACAGCCAUUGCAAACUCUCCUACAUUGAAUAAAAUAUUAACUAUUUUUCAAAAUACCAUGGUGUUAACAUCAGGUUAACCUGCUUGUUAAUGAUCUAAUUAAAGAAACAGAUAAUACAAAUGUAUUUAAAUAUAAUAUUUUCAUUAUGUAAAUAAAUAAUACUGGUGUUAUUAUUUUGAAUGAUCAAACCAACAGAAUUGGAUAUCACUGUGUAUGAGCCUCAUUUUCUUCCCCUGUUUUCCCUGAACUGCCAGCAACUGCAAUAUGAUAUAAACUGGCAAAAUUUGAUUAUUUUUAAAUAAGAUUUAUGAUCACAAUGUGCCAAAGUGCGUUUCAUUUGUCUUUUCAAAAUCCAGCUUUAGGUUUGAAUUUUAUUUCAAACUUUGCU